AUGGAGGCCUCUGAGCGGCGGCGCAGGCGGUGGAACGACGCUGACAAUCGACGAAGACCCGAGGACUCCCUCUACGCCGAGUGGUUGCGCGCCGAACGCACGACAGGCGCUGUCAGCCCACGAGACACCACCCGCCGUCAAAGCUUGGCCCUGCAGCAGAAUGGUUCCACGAGCAUCGACGAGCCCGACCUGCUGGGCGCGACAAUCAGGCCUGUGACACCCGAAGACAGCGACGCCGCCAUGGACGAGGAGAGCUCGCUGCCGGAGAGGAGCACCGACAGCUUCGAGGAGGCUUUCCUCCCGCGCACCGCGUCAGCAUCAGCACGGCGGAGGCAGAUACUAGGCACGACAACCACGACGAUUAUCGGAGGCCCGGCUGCCCUCACCGGACCCGCGGCGCCAGGGGUGCGCUCCUCGAAACAUAGUCGGAGAUUGGUCAAGGAGCGGGAGUCGCGCAGUUUGCCAAGUGGACACAACGGGUCGGGUCUGACUGGCAUGCUGGCGAGGAGCUCGAGCAAAAGCGGGACCUCCUCUCCUUCAACAAUAACACCAACAAGCAAUGGCAAUCGCACCACCAGCAUCUACGACGGAGAUGCGUACAACGGCGUCCCGAGACAGCGCACCCGCACGCUGGAUGAGCGGAGGAGAGAGCGUGAGCCCGCGCACAUGUUGAGGAGCAGUCGCAAUAGGGUUGGGAGUGUGAACAACAUGCCGAGCUCCGGCGCGGAGUAUCUGGCUUCGGUGCCCGCGAGCACGUCUCCGCCGGAAGCGCCUUCGAUCCUGUCGCUGAGCUCACCCGUGCAAUCUCCGAGUGAGACAGGGAGACGCUCGACCUCCGACACCUCGUCGGCGAACAAUUCCAUGACGUCCACCUCGAACCCUCCGCGAAGGAUACAACACCUGUGCAAUGUGCUUAAGGGGCGCAUGAGCGGGCACGUAUCGCUGAGGAGGGCUUCGGACCAUCCCUGGCAUCAGCUCUACUGCUACAUCGAGCAAGACACCGGGCGGCUGAUGUACGAGUCGAAAGGCGGCGAUGGCGCGGACCGCGCGCUUGUCUCGGCGCUGGGAGGUUGCAACGUGAGACCCAACACGGACGGCGAGCAGUCGUAUCUGGAAGUCACGCUGCCCAACUCAGACACGGAGAUCCACUUCAAGCUCCUGACGCAGGCGGAUCUGGAGUCCUGGUACGCCGCGUUGUUAUGGUGGCAGUACAAGGAGCCUUCGCUCACGGAGCGCGCGAAUGGCCACAGGCCGCCUUCUGCGACUUCGGCUGGAUAUCAUUCGAGGCCCGAACUACCGCCUAGGACCUCUUCAGCGAGAGAUCGACCUCGAGAUCGCGCGGAUAGCAAUCGCAGCGAUCGGAGAAAGUCUGUCGUCACGCCGAAGGAGGCGCCGGUAAUCAAGAUUGGCACGAUGAUCUACUGGGACACGAAUGUCGGGUACAGCAACACUCCUGGAUCUGCUGCGGUGGGUUCGCCGGCGAGUGGGAGACCUGCGAAGUAUAGGAUGCAAUCGCAGUCUUCACGGCGAUGGAGGAGGAUCAGUGGGCAGUUGCGCGAGAAUGGCGAGCUCAAGUUACAUGCGGAUGCGGAUAACAGUCUGAUAUCGGUGGUGCAGUUGAGUCAGCUAAGCAGGUGUGCGAUCCAGAGACUGGAUCCGAGUGUGCUGGACAACGAGUACUGCAUUGCGAUAUACCCGCAGUACACUUCUGGACACUCGAACAGCCAGCCGGGAUUCGUGCGGCCGAUCUUCUUGAGCUUGGAGAAUCGGGUGCUGUACGAAGUCUGGUUCGUCUUGCUGAGGGCUUUCACGAUACCACAGCUGUACGGCCCACCACCGCAGGACGAGCAGGAGGAGAGUCAGCCGACGAGGAGUCUGGAUGACAAGCUGGCGACGACCAUCUCCGACAUGUUUCGAUUAGAGCGUACGCUGAACUUUAGGAUCGUGGAGGCGAAGAUCUUCCCGCCUACUGCGAGCAAUCCUGGGCCGGAAGCUGGGUUUUCUGGUGGGAGAGCGCAUGCGGCGAAUGUGAAGCCAGAGCAACAUGGAUACUACGCUGAAGUUUUGUUGGAUGAUGAGACGAGAGGGAAGACGAAUGUGAAGUACGACGGUCUGACGCCGCUGUGGGGCGAGAGCUUCGAGUUUCUGGACCUGCCGGCGGUGCUCAGCAAUGUUAGUGUGUUGAUCAAGCGACGGCCGCCUGAGAGUGCACAUGCGAGAGAGCAGGCGGCGAGUAAGCUAGUGCAUGAAGCGUAUGGGUUUACCAGCGAUCAGCAUGGCGGCUUCACUGGACUUACGUUCGAUGUGACCUGCGGCAAAGUGGAGGUCUACCUGCACGAGCUCGAAGGCGACAAGGAGGUGGAGAAAUGGUGGCCCAUCGUCAACAGCUUCAACCAGCGGGUCGGCGAAAUCCUGCUCAAGACGCGGAUGAACGAGGGCGUGAUCCUGAUGGAGAAGGACUACGAACCACUCAGCGAGAUGCUCCAUCGAUUCGGCAACGGUCUCACACUACAAGUCGCGCAGAUCGUCCCGAGCGAGCUGAAGCGCGUGAGCGACUGCUUGCUCAACAUCUUCCAAGUCUCGGGCAAAGUCGGCGAGUGGCUGAUGGCGCUCGUCGAAGACGAGAUCGACGGCAUUCAUAAGGAAACUCCAAUCACUCGGCUGCGGUACACCAGCCGUGUCGCCUCAGACGCGAGCAACGACAGCCCUGGCCUGGGUCUGCACGCCGACCGCGAGUUGAUUGUGCGGGAUAUGAACAAGAACGCCACUCUCGAAGCGAACCUACUCUUCCGCGGCAACACUUUAUUGACCAAGAGCCUGGACAUUCAUAUGCGCCGCGUCGGGAAAGAGUAUCUGGAAGCCGCUCUCGCGUCGAAGAUCAAGGAGAUCAACGAGAAAGAACCAGACUGCGAAGUCGAUCCGAAUCGUGUCAACACGCCCGCGGAUUUAGAGCGUAAUUGGAGACGGCUGCUGCACUGGACGAAGGAGGUGUGGCAGGCGAUUGUGUCGUCGAAGGACCAGUGUCCCGUGGAGUUGAGGCUGAUUUUUAGGCAUAUCCGUGCCUGUGCGGAGGACAGGUAUGGGGAUUUCUUGCGGAGUGUGAGUUAUAGCAGUGUGUCGGGGUUCUUGUUUCUAAGAUUCUUCUGCCCGGCGAUUCUGAAUCCGAAGUUGUUUGGGCUGUUGAAAGAAGAGAUCAAACCCAAAGCACGCCGCACCCUCACCCUCAUCGCCAAAUCGCUGCAGACGCUGUCGAAUAUGGCUUCCUUCGGCGCCAAGGAGACGUGGAUGGAGCACAUGAACGUCUUUCUCACGCAGAGCCGGGAGAGCUUCAAGACGUUCAUCGACGACAUGUGCUAUGUCCCUGUCCCGGUUUCGGGUCCGACGUUCUCUACCGCGAAGCAGCUGUCGACUACCUACCCGCCUGGUGUGGUUUCUGCUGAAACGAAUCUGAGCUACACCACGCCUAUGACGAUUAUGCAGCGGCUGCCUCCUACGAGCCGGGAAGGCUUCCCAAGCCUACCGUACCUUAUCGACCAAGCGCGAGCGUUCGCAGAGCUCGUGCAAGUAUGGCUCGAAGCGACGACAGAAGAAACCGCACGAUCAACAGCCAGUCUGAAAUCCCACGCCGAGCUCAUGGCCGCCAUCAAGGCCUCCGAAGGCGAGCUCACCGCUUUCCACGAAAUCUGCACCAAGCUGUCGAAGCGCACGCAGGAAUGUCUCAGCCGCGCCGAGCGGGCCGAACGACCGAAUAGCGCUCUGUCGUUUCGCUGGGAGGAGCUGAUUGAUCAGCUGCAGCCGAGCAACAGCCUUCCGGAUAGCGGGGAUGAGUUUCCUAUGGUGACGCCUCAGGGUUCUUCGCUGGAUACGUUGGCGGAGAGGGUAGCGCCGACUUCGCAUCUCUCGUCGCUGUCACGGGAGUGGACGGUCGUUUCGCCGGAUGAUGAGGUGGUGAAGGAGGAGGAGGAGGAGGAGGAGGAGGAUCCCGCCUUGGCGACAAGACUCUACAACAUCACCCCCUCCCUCUCCACCGCUACCUCCGCCCCUUCCUCCGACCCCUCCCUCACUCACAACCGCGACCGCGACCGCGAGGCCAACCGCCCUGGCUCCUCCGGCGUCGUCACAUCCCUCCGCGACUCCCUCCGCCGCGCCCUCCCCACCUCCCGCGCCUCCGACGCCGGCGACACGCCCUCGGCGAGCGCUAGCAACGUGUCCUCCGACACCGAGCACUCGGCCGGCACGACCGCUCUCCCCUCCUACGACCGGGAACGACGGCACAGAGAGCGCCGUGAAGCGGCGAAGGCGCAGAUUAAGCAGGAAGUGGAAGCUGCGAGGGUGAGGGAGAAGGAGAGGGAGAGGGAGAGGGGGGGACGGAGGGUGAAGACGCCUAUUGUGUCUGCGCUCAGGAAGAAGAAGGAGAGGGAGCGGGAGGUUUGA